AUGCGGACUUUGUUUCUUCUCUGUGCUGUGCUUCCCACCCGGUUAAGUUUGGCAGAAACAAGCGAAACGGAGGCUCGAAACCGGAUAUGGUACCCCGCCGUACAAUCUCCAAUACAAAUGAUCUUGAGCGGUUCUCUCGAUAUCGACCCUUGGCACCCGUCAAUAGUCCCAAACAUUGGUAUCUAUGACAUUGAUCUCUUCGACAACUCCAACGACACCAUCCGCCUACUUCACAGGCUCGGGAAGAAGGUAGUGUGUUACUUCAGUGCCGGUACGGCAGAGGAUUGGAGGCCAGACUUUGGGAAUUUCACAGAAAGCGAUAUGGGCGCAAACCUUCCGCUGUGGCCAGGGGAAAGAUAUCUCAAUAUUCGGAGCAAGAAUGUCUGGAAGAUCAUGGCCAGGCGUCUGCUCCUGGCAAAGCAGAAAGGGUGCGAUGCAGUUGAUCCUGAUAACAUUGACGUCUACUCCAACCUCAAUGGGGGUGGCGUCAAACCCCCUAUCACCGAGCGCGAUGCCAUCCGCUACUUACGCCAACUCUCUAGCUUCUCGCAUCGUCUAGGAAUGUCCAUUGGCCUAAAGAACUCGCUCGAGAUUCUCCCCUUCGUUACCAACAAUGUUGAAUUUGCAGUUAAUGAAGAAUGUGUGCUGAACUCUACCUGCGGCAAGUACUCUAAAUUCACAAGUCCUAGCCGCGGCAGCAUCGGCAAAGCAGUCUUUCAUGUCGAGUACGAACGGCCACGGCCCAGUUCAACUUCGUGGAAUAUCACGGCGUUUGCAUUCCCUGAUGUCCCGGGUUCUGACAAAUUAAAACUCAGCACUUUCAUCAAGACUCUAGACCUUAAUGGAUGGAUCAUGUGGUGUGAUGGCCGUGUAGAAAUCACCAAGACCAAAGCAGUCGAAGUGCCCGAGGUUCCGCCAGCCGGAAAUGGAACAGAGCCAGUAGACAGCGAGACUGAGCUGGAGAAACAGUUAGAUGCCGAUUUACAGGGUGUUGUGUUUCCAACGCCGACGGGUGCGAUCAAGGAUAGGAGACCCGGGCCUAGGUAUUUAAGGGGUGUGCACAAAGCGUUGUAA